AGGGUUCACCGAGGCGGAGGCGGCGAAGCUGAGGGCUCGCGAGGAGGGUGAGGAGGUGGUGGGCGACAUCCUGGAGGAGCUGGUGGACCCAGUGAUGGAUGCCGUCUGCAAAUCCUACCUGGAACGGCAGUGCAUUCCGUACGCAGUGAACGGGGCACGGGAGACCAUACUCCAUGUGGUCCAGAUGAGAUUUGUGCCCCAGGAUGAGGGAGAACCCCACCUGGCAGAGGACCCCACGUGGGCGGAGGACGAGGAACCCUCACCUUGCCCAAUUGACACCUGGGCUCUGGGGAGCCGUGUCCUCGCGGUGCGCGCCCUCCUCAGUGGAAAGGAAGAGGAGCCAAGGCAAAGGCCUGGACCCCAAGGAUCAGGAGAGCCAGGAUCUUCAGAAGGGGCCUCACCAUGCGCCUGGAGUCCUCAAGGCCAAGUCCCAGGUGGUGAGGAAGCCCACGUUGCUGCCGAAAGCGCCGAAGAUGGCUCCUGGUGUGAGCACGUGGAACCCACCACCCAGGAGCUGCUUAGCUGUGCUGAAGCUCAACAGGAGGACAAAGAGGGCAGCACCUCUCGUCCCAUCCACACAGGUGCCCCAGAUCCCCAGGUGAUGGUGGCACAGCUAACAGAAAAGUCAGGUCCUCAAUAUCAUCACUCCCCUCCAAGCACCCGCCCCAUCCUGGGCCCUGAACCUCAGGCAGUGGGAAUCCGCCUGCCUUCUGUCUGCCUGCCAGAAAUAAACACCUGAGUUGCUUUAAGAA